AUGCCGGACACGCCAGACAACACGCUCCGGCGCCGACGCCUCGCCGCCGCGCCACCAUGGCUCCCCAUCUGGCCAUGCGCGCUCCACUCCGCGAGCCCCUCCCCGCCCUGGCCAUGCGCGCUCCGCUCCGCAAGCCCCUCCCCGCCCUGGCCAUGCGCGCUCCGCUCCGCGAGCCCCGGCCAUGCUCUGCUCAGGCCGCGCGAGCGCGAGCCCCGCCCCGGCCAUGCGUGCGCCGCCACGGCCGCGCGAGCCCCGCUCCGGCAUUGUGUGGCGAAGGUGAAGGAGGCGACCUGGUGCCUCCAGGGCCUCCUCCCAUAUCUCCCACCACCUACCGACGCGGUCCAUGUGUUGUCGGUGAAGAUCGUGCCGAAGAAGACCUCGCGGAUGAGUCAAGGGCCACUUGCCCGUGACCCACUUGCGCCGGGGAGCCCUCCAGCGACCCCAUCUGGGACGGACGCGCGGGUGCCGGCGAAGGCGCGGGACACCCCUGGGCCUCCUGUCCAGCAGCGCCCGACGGCCUCUCGCCAGCCCGCCUCGGCCCCGAGCUGCAAGAGUGAUCCACCGGCCCGCGACCAACCUUCACCGGGGUCAGAUGCUCAGGUCCCGGCGUUGGCUGUAGCUUCAACUGGGCCUCCUGCCUAG